CAAAACUAUUACUCGACUUCAAAACCUACUCAAACUAUCUUGAAUAAAAAUGUAUCUUGUCGCUGCCGUUGCCAUUCUUUCUCUAACUGGAUCCGUUAUUGCUGCCCCAGGGUGCACUUCUGGAGACACCGCUGCGUUUACCCAAUGUGCUACUGGAGUUCUUACCAACUCGGAAGGUUCAGGUGGUCAGGCAGACCAAUUUUCAUCUUGCCUAUCCCUGGCAACCACUGCCAUUCAGUACUAUAACUGCCUGUGUCAAAAGUCUCAAGGUCUUUCUGACUGCUAUUCUUCUCACUGCCCCAACGAUCCUGGACACUUUAUCCAGCAACAGUUUAGUCUGCAGUUCUGUGGUGCAGUCAAGCCAUCUGAACCAUCUGCGACUUCUGGGGCUUCAACAACUGCUCCAUCUGGCGGUGCUGCCUCUACAUCUGGCGGUGCUGCUUCUACAUCUGGCGCGUCGCAAGAAACUGCAGCACCUCCAGUUGCAGCAACAAGUGGUUCGGCCGCUUCAGGCUCUGCAACAGCUCCUGGAUCAGGUGCGUCGGCUACUUCAGCUUCCGGUGCAGCAGCAACAACUUCUGGUGAAGCAGCUCCUGGUGCAGCAACCUCGGCAGGUGCGUCGGCUACUUCAGCUUCCGGUGCAGCAGCAACGGCGGGUGCAUCGGCCACUGUAGGCGGAACUACCUCGCAUCAUUCCAUGACUGCUAGCUUUGGCGUACAGCCCAGCUCUGCUGCUGCAGGCGCUGCAGGUGCUGCAAAGUCAUCUAGCGAGAGUUACAGUGUUAAGAUGGGACUUACAGCAGCAUUAUUGGGCGUUGCAUGUCUGGCAGCAGCACUUUAAAGGACGACUUGUUUAUAUUGGGUGAUGCUAGCUAUAAUUACUUGUGCUCGAAGCUGCGAAUGGCAGCCUUUUGAAUUUUAAUGGAUUGUUUUUUUAUUGGCUUGGAUAAUGCAAAUCAAUAAAGUUAUUGUUAUUUU